AUGUGUGAUCAUUUGGGUCCCAAUUUGAGACACGCCGAGACCUGUUCGGCUUCUUAUUUUGCAGGAGCAUAUUCAUACAUCUUUGAGAAGCUCACUCGUCUCUUGAGGCUUAUCGAUUCUGGACAUCUGUAUCGAAAGUUUCUGGCUGCUAUACCUCCCAGCCAAGUUUUGUAUCGUCCAAGUCGUCUUAGGAAUAUGCCUACCCAGUUGCCGGCUAUCGACCCUGGGUGCCUACCAACCCACCAACCUACGAUCUCACCGAGGAUAGCACCAUCUCCAGCGCUGUCUCACAUUGCCCUGGCGGAACCGUGGCCGAGAGUGUCAUGGAAGUCAAAAACCACCAUGAACCAGCUCCGAUCACAGGACCUCAAGACGCACUGCGCCAUCGCCGGCGUGGCCAUACAGGGGUGCGAUAUUCGGGAUUUCCUCAUUUUCUGGAUGGGCCCGGCCAUGAUAGUCAAUCUUAUCGGUCCUCCUGUUGCCUACAAUACGUCCUCCGUCAACGCUUCUUUCUCGUCUCCCUUUCCUUCGUCCUCGUCUUGUAACAACUAUGAGAAGAAUGAAGAUGCUGGUUUCACACUGGCUGGAAAGUGGAGUAUGACACUUUUGACAUCGAAGCGUUACAGCGGCACUGAUGGAUAUGUAUAUGAGAAUAUGGAGGCUGUGGCUGGACGUGCCAGAGAGGCACAGGAGCAGAGGACUAAGGAGCGCGUUGUGGACGAGGAGGAAGAGUGGUAG